UCAUAAAAAUUAAAAAAGAAGAAGUUCAUUGUUUAAAUUUAUGAGGAAAUUUAUGUUUUUUUCUUAUUUUCUAUUGCAUUUUUACAAUUUAUAUCGUGUUUUUCAUUAAUUACGUGUUUAUUAAAGAGUGUUUUGUGUAUUUGUUAUGUCCAUUGUGUUAUCGUGUAGGAAUUGAAAGUAAAAUAGAAAGUUACCCACACCACAAUACAGCAGGUACAUUUAUAUGUUUUCUCCAAGUGUUUUUCUAAUCAUAUAAAAAAUACACUUACACAAAGUCAAAGAGUUGCAAAAGAAUAAUAUACCAUCAACUUUUGAAUAAAUAUACUAAUAAUGGUACUCAUUAUAUCUCAACAAACUUUUGACGAUGCAGUUCGCGAAAACAUCGAAGAACUCGGGUUAGAACCACAAGAAGCAUUGGAAGAGGCUGUAACACAAUUUGAAUCACAAGGUGUUGAUUUAAGUUCAAUCAUCAAAGAACUAAGUUUAGAAUCUUCAAUGGAGGAUGAUAUAAAUGCUGCUGUGAAAAAAUUAAAAGAUUUAAACAAAAUAGACACGCCUGAUAAGGUAUUGAUGGAUCAGAUGGAUGUGAUUAGAAUUGAAUGUGAUAAGGGGCUAGCGAACAAAGUUGCAGUGGGCAAAGCUGGUGCUUAUAAUGUUUUAUUAGAUGUACUAGACACAAAAAGAACUUUUAUUGUUGUUGAGAGAAUAUGUUUAAAAACCCUGACUUCUCUUAUGACAAAACAGCCAGAUUUGUUGGAUAGUAGAGGUAUACAAGCUAUGUUUAGAUUCUUGAAUCCGAAAGUUGAUUUUGAUCUGAAGAAACUGACAUUGAGAUGGAUUAAAGAAUGCUGUGUUAUGCAUGAAAAUAACAGGCAAAACAUUUUUAACGCCCGUAUUUUGGAAAAUUUAAAAGACCUUUUGAAAGAUUCAAAUCCCGAAAUAAUCAGAGAAGUAUUGUCCGUAUUUAGAGCCCUCAUUCUAGACGACGACGUUCGCGUAGAAUUCGGAAACGCACACGAACACGCCAGAAUUAUCGCUAGCGAAUUUUUGUGUUAUUUGACGUUUUUAAUGAAAAAAUUCCAAUUGGACGAAUCUUUUAUUCACGACUUGAUAUUGACCGUAACGGCGCUAAUGGUUAGAAACGAAUUUUGCAAAAAAGUGAAAGAUGCCCAAGGAAUAGAAAUGGUAAUGGACAUCAUGAAUAAUUUUAAAAGUAAUGAGAGAAUAAAUCGGCAAUGUUUCAAACUAAUAAAAGCUUUAGCUGGAAAUGAUGAAUGCAAAUCGUAUUUAAUACACAAAGGUUUGGCGCCAAUUCUCACUUCAGCUCUAAACGAAAAUAAAAGCGGUAUAACGGCUGUAGCCGGACUGUCAGCCAUAGCUGCGCUCACGCUUAGAUCGCCUGAUAAUAGCAAAGCUUUGUUUGAAGCUGGAAUACCAGCGGUGAUUGUUGUUAUAAUGAAAAUGUAUUCGGAUGAAAAACAAGUUCAGAAAGAGGGCAGUCGCGCUAUAAGAAACAUGGUCUCCAGAAGCCGAUAUCAAAACGAAACUUUCCUAGAAUUGGGCGUCGAGGAAGUACUUCAGAACAAUUUAAACAAAUUCAAAGACAUCGAGUACGACAUCAAAGCGGCUCUGCGCGACUUGGGCUGCAAAGUCAAUUUAAAAGAAGAAUGGACUGGCAAAGGAGGCGCUUUGAGCACUGGCGGUUUUGUAUCUUAACAUUAUUUCCUUUAUAAGUUAUUACAAGUGCAUUUAAUCUAUUAAUUUAUUAAUGUUUACGUUUUUUCUAUUCAGCUUUUUUUAAAUAAUAUAUAAUAUACUGCAUUAG